GAGCACUGUCUAAACCACAGGGAUUUAAAGUUUAUUUUCAAAAGACCUAGGUAGGUUGUUGUACACACAUGGAAACUGAGAACUGAAGAGGAAGUCUCACCGAGUUGCAGUCUAAACCGUGUCAUUGUGAGCAAUGGCAUCACAUGGACACAGUCAUGGCGGUGGCCAGUGUAACCACAGUCAUGGGGGUGGAGGAUUUCCCCAGGGGAUGGCAGGGAUACCCCAGGGACUGUUACCAGGAGGGCACAGUCAUGGGGGUGGAGGCAUAGGACAGACAGGAAUGGGGGGUAUUCCAGGAAUGGUACCAAUGGGAGGUUUACCCAUGCCAGCCAUGGGAGGUUUCCCCAUCCCGGGACAAAUGGGAGGAGGCAUUCCCAUGCCUUCUGUGGGGAAAAUGGGAGGCAUGCCAAUGCCAAGAGUGGGAAACAUGUCAAUGCCAGCAGGAGUGAGACAAAUGGGAGGCAUGCCAGUGGGACAAACCUUUCCAAUGCAAGGCAUUCAGAUGCAGGGUAGUCCUAUGUCACAAGGUGGUACAGGUGCUGCUGGUGGUCCUGUCCCAGGGGCCAUGCAGGUCCAGAUGCCCCCACAGAUGGCACUACUCUCACAAAUGAUGGCACAAGACAGUUCGGAUCCUGCAGAGGAGGUUGAUAUAUUUGAGGCCCUGGAUGCUGCCAGGUCUAGUCUGAACUCUGUAGCUCACACGUGUGGAGAGCCGGGCUCAGUGUGCGCGGCCUCUCACGGCAGCCAGGAGGAGGUGAAGAAAAAGAUGGCUGCAGGACAAAAGAUAAUGAAAUUGUUAAUGAAGAACCCAGCAGUGAUAGACCAGAAAGACAAACGCGGCAACACUCCCCUCCAUCACGCCCUCAAGAACGACCAGACCAAUUUUGCCACCUUGAUGGUCCAGUUUGGUGCUGACCCCAAUGUCCGUAAUGACCUGGAGGAGACCCCCGUCCACUUGGCGUGUCAGUGCGGUGACCUGAAGCUGGUCCAUGUCCUCAGACAGUGCGGAGGUGACAUCACAGCGAAGGAUGCGGAGAUGAGAACGUGUUUGCACCAUGCAGCACGUGGUGGACAUGUCCCAACCAUACACUACCUGUCUACCUACUGUGGGUUAUCUCUCCGGGACUUGAACAAAGACCAACAAAGUCUGCUCCACAUCUGCUGUGAGAGGGAACACAUCGAUGCUGUUAAAUAUCUACUGAAACAUGAUAGAAGUGAUGUCCGUCAGGCUGACAGUGAAGGCACAACUCCACUUCACAUCACAGCUCAGCGUGGCAAUGGUUUCCUGUCAUGGAUGCUGCUACAAAAGAACGGGACACACCAGCUGCAGAGUAAAAAUCGAGAAGGGCUCACACCAGUGGAACUAGCACAGAGAGGACAGACACAAAGACACAAGGAGCUUGCCCCCGUCCUGGUAUCUCUUGCCAAAUACAAGCUGAACAUGAGACCCAGUCUCCCCUGGUCUAUAUAUUUGUGGAAUGCAACAUGGCCAUUUCUCAUCCACCACACUGUCCUCCUACUGCUGUGGUUGGUCCCUGUGCUAUCAGACUGGCUGGCUGGCCUCCUGAUGCUUGUGGUCACUCUGAAUCUAGGCUACAGGGUGCUGGGAAAGACUUCUCAUAGGUUGAGUCAUAUCAGCAAAAUGCCAAAUCACCUCCAGGCAUCCACUCUAAUCCUGGGUGUCCUGGAGUCCCUGCUGCUGUUCUGUACAGAGGUGCUGCCCACACUGUGGACUGCAGGAGAUAGGAUCCUGGUGGUGGUGUCAGCGGUGAUGGUGACGGGACUGGUGUACAUACACGGAAGAAUACUGCUGGUGGAUCCAGGAUUUGUGAUGGUUUCGAAAAUGAAACCUGAAGGUAACACGUGUUACACAUUACAAGACCUGGUGGAGGGACCGUUCCCUGUCUCUGCCUGGUGCCACAUAUGUGAGUUGAUUCCAUCCAAACCCACCAAGCACUGUAAGCUGUGUGAAAGAUGCUGCCACAAGAUGGACCACCACUGCCUGUUUACCAUGAAAUGUGUGGGCCACAACAACCACCUCCUUUUUGUAUCCUUCCUGAUCUACAUGGGACUGUGUAACUUUGCCUUCGUAAUAGAGGCCUUUGUGUACCUGGCGGUCAUCCAUCCUGAAGUUAGUGGACAGUGGGGACUGGUCACUGUUGCAUGUAUCGGUCACCCCUGGUUGUUUUCAGCCAUGGUCCUGAACCUGUUACUGGGGGCAUGGAUGGUGUAUAACCUUGUGAACAGCUUAAGAUUAGUCAGUAAGGGGUACACGUAUGUUUUUAGGCCCAAAAACCCUGGACACAUCUGUGGACUGAAUUUCUCUGACCAGAUGAUGAACACUUGGCAUUUUAUUACUGGGCACCCAGAAAAGAUUGUCAAGGAUCCAUUUUAUACUAUGUAAUUGGUGCCAAUUCUGUGUAAUAUUUUUUUUCAUUACAUGAUGUCAAGUUCAUACAUUAGCUGGCUUAUUUGUGCCAUGCAUUCUCUAUGCUAUUUUUAUACUAGAUAUUGUUAUCCAGGAAACGGAAAUCACCAGUAAUGAUUAUACUGGCAGUCUUUUUCUAUUAUUAAAAGUUGUUAUUUCAUUGUGUUCAUAUGUUUUGGGGCAAGCUAUACCCGAUAACACAGAAAUGACAUGUUUGCGCCUCAUUUUAAAACUGGGUCAUGCUGACAAUAGUCUCCAAUACACCAAAGCUGUAUCAGUUAAAAGUUUUAAAAAGAAAUGUUUUAUGUUUGUGCUAUACUUGGGAUAUUUUCGAACAAGCUUUUACUGUUAAAAUACCAGAUAGUGCUAUUUUGUCUUAGUUUAGAUAUUCUUUUCAGUUGUAUAACAGUUUCAAGCAAAACUGACAGUGCAUUAGGUGAAUGAUUUUAAAGAAUGUGCAAUUUAAUGAACAAAUGAUAUAUGCAGAUUAUUUCGUGAAUUUAUUUUUUAAUUAUUGCGUAAUUUUAAAAAGUGCUUCCUAAAUUCUGGUGCAAUUUUAGGCCUGUAGAAUGCUUUCAGUAUAUUCUUUUGUUAUAAUCAAGUAUGGUUAUAUUUGUACUUUUAUUAAAGAUUAAUUGAUUAUGUUGACAUACAAGUAUUAAAUGUUAUGAAACUCAGAAUCUUGUUGAAAUAAAUUGUUUGUUAAGCUU